CACAGCUCCAGUCUCUCGCCCUGCCAUACGGCAGGGGUCUAAGCCUGGUCAGAUGGGAUUGUCUAUGGAGUGUAGGCAAUCCAGCUAAUUUGUUGUUGAUGACUCGAAAAGACAGGGUUGGCAGCUUAGAAAAUUUCGUUUGCCAUGCCCUGGACGGCCUGAAGCAUUCAACCGGCCCCAUACUUUGCACUGCCUCUUACGCCCUGUAUGGGACAGGCAUCAUGGGGCACAGAACGUGUUAAGAAGCGGCAUGCUUAACCACAGCCAGCUAGUGAUUAAAAGCAUUCAAGCGGAGUGGGUUUCUAUGGAUGUGGCAAACACCGGAAUCAGCGAAUGGACCAAGAGCGUGCUCGUCCUCGACACAACUCUCGUUAAACCGAAACUACAUGCCAAUAUCGUUCGAGAGUACGUUCUCCUAUUACGCCCACAUGAAAUGUACUUGAGCUAUGUGGUACUGGUCCUCAUUACGCCUAAGCGACCUUCUAGCUCCACUGUAUUGCUACCUUGCAGCUUCACCAACUCUGUCGGAGAUAUAUGUGAAAGGAAAUGCUUAUAUCGUCGGGGCUCAUAGCACAUGCAUGCCAUGCACAUAAGGUAGGAAGUCGUUAGGGCACGCCGUAAGGACUUUUUCGAGUCGUCCACGGCACCAAGCACGUCGUUCACGCUGGGGACGCAAUGUUAUUUACAUCUCUUUUGGUGAAGCGGCGAACGACAAGCCGACAGCGACCACGCUCAGCUAAGGAUCCAAUACAGACUCUCCAGUCGGAAUAUUUGGUCAUAGCUAUAGACGUACCGUCAUCCACGUACGGAUGGUUUUCCGUCAAGGAGGCUUGUCCGUUCCAGUUUUAGGGGCUGGCUCAUUUGCAAUCUUGCCCGGUUAUGCACAAGGAGUCCACGUAUGAGCGGCUCAGUAGGUAAAGCACAGUCCGGGAGGGCUAGCAUAGCC